UGGAGGGCGGAAGGCUUCCAGAAUAUUCAGACGACGACAAGGCUGGUGAGAAUGAACCUGAGGGAAGGCGUCACCAAGGAAAACCUCUCGCACCAGCUGUGUCUGUUCGGCAGCAACGUACUCGUUUUUGUCCCCGGAAGAGCGCCCCUCUGCCUUCGAUGUAAGAGAACAGGCCACAUCCGCCGAGCAUGUCGCAUCCCUCGCUGUGAUAAGUGCCAUCGUUUUGGUCACGAACAAGAGGACUGCAUCCGGACGUACGUUACUGUAAUGCGACCGGCUCCCGAGGAAGACAACUCGGAAUUCCUCAUCGAUGAAGAAAAAGCCUCGAAAAUCGAAGACGGCACUGGGCACCCAACCACCACCCAUACCCAAACACCUUCAGGUGCUGACAAACGGGGUACAUCACAAGAUGAUGACAUCACCGCAUUAAUUCUCGAAGCCGACAAGACAGCUGCCUGCGUCGGAUAUGGCGCAGACACCGACAGAGCCGCUCCAGGCUCCUCAAAAAGCCAGCGACAGAAGUCAGUCGACGGGAACGACCGCUCUGUAGACGAUGCCUCCGAAGUUGACCCGGAAAUGGACGACAGCUCCGAUCCCUUCAAGCGACCGCUAGAUCUUGUCGAAGAGGAAGACCCCGACCUCGAAGGGCCUGACUGGAGCAAGCCCCAAGGAAGAAAGAAACGCAAGUCCCGAGCUCCGCCCGAGGAGAGACGAGAGCAAACCUCGCUGCAGUAG